AUCUAUGGUUGUUGUGUUUGCCCUGCGUCGCUUUUGUCGUUUAUUGAUCGAUAGUUUUUGUUCCCUCUCUUUUACUCAUUUAUUAAUGGUGUCUUGGUUGUGCUGCUUCGAAAUUCAAUAAAAUCGAAUUAUACAACAAACAACGGAAUUUGGUUUUUUUUAGUGUCCAUAUAAAAUACUCAUGUGAGAAAAAGUGUGGUGAUAGCUUAGUUUUUAGUUUUUUUUUAGAAGUAAAUCGAUUGAAGAUGCAUCGUCGAGGCGGGAAACGUAUACGGAUGGACGAUCCUCCACCGGAGUAUGUAAAUCCUAUGACUCCGGCUACUCCUAUGACGGACUAUGGUGGCCAAUCUGUCCAUGAACCUGAAACGCCUAAUGUGAACUAUAGUGGCUUUAAUACUGGUGCAGUAGCUAACUCGACGGCAGUGGAAGCGCCACGAGAGGAAGCUGAAGAAUCGCAUCACGAGGAAGAGGAACCGAGGUCUCCAUCUCCGACCCUCAAGCGGGUGACUCGAAGUCGAGGUAGACGCGCAGAUGGUGGUUAUGUGGGGCGAUUGGCGGAGUCUCCGCCGCCACCGCCUAUACGACGUCGAGGCCGCGGUGUCCGUGGUCGUGGCAGAGGACGAGGUGCCGCUCCACCUCCAGCAUAUUCUCCACCCCCGGUGCUCCUGCCUGGAGAUGAUGAAAACAGUUUAUAUAAUAUUUUGAGGUUCAACAAGACCGCAAUAAACCAAGUAGUAGACAAAUGGAUAGAGGAGUACAAAACAAAUCGUGAAGUGGCUUUAGUUCAACUGAUGCAGUUCUUCAUCAACUCUUCCGGUUGCAGAGGGAAGGUUUCUCCAGAUAUGGCACAGAUGGAUCACACACUAAUAAUAAAAAAAAUGACACAGGAAUUUGAUGAGGAAAGUGGUGAAUAUCCUCUGAUAAUGACUGGUCAAACCUGGAAAAAGUUCCGUUCUAACUUUUGUGAGUUCAUUCAGACCCUGGUAAAGAUGUGCCAAUACUCCAUCAUCUAUGAUCAAUAUUUAAUGGACAAUAUCAUUUCAUUACUCACUGGGCUGUCUGACUCACAAGUCCGAGCUUUCCGUCACACUGCGACAUUAGCUGUAAUGAAGCUAAUGACCGCUCUAGUUGAUGUGGCGUUAUUAACUAGUGUAAAUUGUGACAACUGUCUUCGGCAAUAUGAAGCAGAAAGAUUGAAGGCACGUGAUAAGCGGGCCACUGAACGCCUUGAAGUGCUGGUGGCUAAACGUCAAGAACUAGAGGAGAACAUGGAGGAGAUUAAGAAUAUGCUGUCUUAUAUGUUUAAAUCUGUGUUUGUCCAUCGAUACAGGGACACUUUGCCAGAUAUAAGAGCCAUAACUAUGUCUGAGAUUGGCAUUUGGAUGGAGAAAUUUCCAGCUCAUUUCCUUGAUGAUCUUUAUUUAAAAUAUAUUGGAUGGACACUUCAUGAUAAGGUGGGUGAAGUGCGUCUUCGCUGUCUGCAAGCCCUACAACCUCUAUAUGAAUGUGAGGAGUUGAAGGGUAAACUGGAACUCUUCACGUCUAAAUUCAAAGAUCGGAUAGUUUCUAUGACCCUCGAUAAGGAAACUGAUGUGGCCGUGCAUGCUGUGAAGUUGGUUAUAGCUAUUCUCAAGAUGCACCCGGACGUGCUGACGGACAAGGACUGCGAGAACGUGUACGAACUGGUGUACUCGUCGUGGCGCGGCGUGGCGGCGGCGGCCGGAGAGUUCCUCAACGUGCGCCUGUUCCGCGCCGACCCCGCCGCGCCCGCGCCCCCCGUGCUGCGCUCGCGCCGCGGCAAGCUGCGCCUGCCCAGCACGCCGCUCGUGCGGGACCUCGUGCAGUUCUUCAUAGAGUCCGAGUUGCAUGAACAUGGUGCUUAUUUAGUGGAUUCAUUGAUUGAAUCAAAUCCCAUGAUGAAGGAUUGGGAGUGUAUGACUGACCUACUGCUCGAAGAAGCUGGUCCUGGGGAAGAGGCACUGGAUAAUAGACAGGAGUCGUCGCUGAUUGAGCUGCUGGUGUGCUGCGUGCGGCAGGCGUCCACCGGGGAGCCGCCCGUGGGCCGCCAGCCCUCGCGCAAGCAGCACGUCGCGCUCUCCAAGGAUCAGGCCAAGGUUGUAAGCGACGACCGAGCUAAAAUGACAGCACACUUCAUUGUGACCCUGCCGGCCCUGCUGGACAAGUUCGGUGCGGACCCGGAGAAGCUCACCAACCUGGUGUCCAUCCCGCAGUACUUCGACCUGGAGAUCUACACGACGCAACGGCAGGAAGGGAACCUAACCCUGCUGCUGAACAAGCUGCGCGACAUCGUGAGCGUGCAGACGGAGGCGGAGGUGCUGGAGACGUGCGGGCGCACGCUGGAGUUCCUGUGCAGCGAGGGCUGCUCCGUGUACACGCGCUGCAACGUCGCGCGCGCCACCAUCACCGACGCCUGCGUCAACCGAUACAAGGAGGCCAUCGACGACUACAGGAGCCUCAUCGAAGGGGGUGAAACACCGGAUGCAGAUGAAGUGUUCAACGUGAUAAAUUCCCUGCGGAAAGUUUCCAUAAUGUACAUGUGUCACAAUCUGAACGACACCAAUAUCUGGGACUCGCUGUUUGAAGACCUACCCAAGUGCUUGAAGCAGAAUGAAACACAGAUGCCGUCACAGGCCCUGGUGUACGUGGUGCGCGCGCUGUUCUACUCCGUGCUGUGGUCGCUGCACGCGCUGGAGGAGCGCGCGGGGGGUGCGGGCGGCGCGGGGGGUGGCGCGGGGGGAGCGGGGGGCGCGGCGGCGCUGCGGGACCGGCUGCGCGCCUACUGCGCUCUGUGCACGGACAUCGUCGUCAACGGGACCACGCCGGAGCUCAAGGAGGAGGCCUACACGAGCAUCUGCGACCUGCUGAUAUUCUUCGCGGAGCACCUGCACACGCUGCACCACCCCAACGAGCCGUCCAUGAAGCAGCUGGUGUACCAGCCCGACAACGACCUGUGCGACUUGCUCAACGACUUCAUACAGGAAUUCGUGUUUGUACAACACAAUUACGAUGGUCAAGAUGAGAGACGCAUAGAGGAACUGCACAAGCGCCGCAACUUCCUGGCGGCCUACUGUAAGCUCAUCGUGUACAACGUGGCGCCCAUACGCCGCGCCGCGGACGUCUUCAAACACUACAUCAAGUGCUACAACGACUACGGCGACAUAAUCAAGGCGACGCUGAGCAAGGCGCGCGAGAUCAACAAGCUGAACUGCGCGCUCACCAUGGAGCUGGCCAUGCAGGCGCUGUUCCGCGACCUGCUGCGCCGCCACGCCACCCCGCACCGACAGCUGCCGGAGUUCCUCGAGCUCAAGGAGCUGGCGAAGCGUUUCUCCGUGAUGUUCGGUCUGGACGCGGUGAAGAACCGCGAGGCGCUGACCGCGCUGCACCGCGCCGGCAUCGCCUUCGCCGCGCUCGACCCCGCGCCGCACGCGCCGCCGCCCAACCUGCUGUUCCUCGAGCCGCUCGGGGAGUUCUCCAACAAGCUGCUGCGCCAGGACAAGCGACAGGUGCUCAAGUUCCUGGAGUCUCGCAUCCCGCAAGGGCUGCAGUGGGGCGAGGAGUGGACGGCGCUGGCGGCCUACCGCAGCGCGCUGCUCACCGACGCGCCGGACGAGCGCCCGCCGCCCGUGCGCAGGCACUACUCGCGGAGGGGACGACACGGUCAAAACGAAGACGAAGAAGGCGAUGAGAACGCAGAAUCGGACGGUGACCAUCCAGGGAGCCGGCGGCGCGUCCGUCUGUCAGUCACCCGGCGCAGGGCCGCCCUCCCGAACAAGCGACGAGCCCCCCCCUCCCCGUCCACCCCUUCCUACACCAUAGACACGACGUCCCCCACCCCGUCAUCGGGGAACAGCAGACGGGCCGACACCGAACCAGUCAGCGGUCCCUCGGAGGAAACGCCGAGAAGAAAACGCAAGGGGACCGACGUGGCGAAUGUCUCCAAGAGGUUUCGCACGCGCGGGGGCCAACUGACGCUCGGGAGCGUCGGAAGCGGGUCGACGACGCCGACAUCUUAAACAUUUUUUUUAUAUGUUUUUUUAUUUAUAUUUUCUAUGUAAUAAAGUACAUACACGUUUUUCA